UAAGGCGAAUUUCAAUUUCUCUUCUCAUUUACAAUCCUGGCUACAAUAUUAUUUUGAUAUUUUGGAUUUUUGGUGAAUAAAAAAAAAAAAAAAAGCAGUAGAAUUAUCGAAGCACUUCUAUAGUUCUGUUACGCUGUCCGACAUAUCCAGCUGAAAAGGCCCAAUGAAGCUCGCCACGUGGUUUAGAAUAAUCGAAAAUCUUAACAGCAAUGUCUCUGGUCUGAUGUCUCCUUCGUAUUAAUGUUCUCUUAGUAUCACUCAACAGACGCAGACAUGUGCACAUCAUUGGAUUCACGUUAAUUGACCAGACAAGACAACUAAAAAUGUCCGCGACUCGCCCCGGCGCCGAAAUCUCAGCAAGAACGCUCAGCGAAAUAUCGGAGGUUGAGACGGUACGUUUAUCUUUGGAUCUUGUUUCGGCUGCAAGACGAAAUAUCGGGUUCUUAAGAGCUGUGAAUGAGUCCCAAUGGCUGCACGAGGGAUCAACUUUUGUUGAAGCUGUCAGAAGGUAUGAUGAGCUUUGGAUGCCUUUGAUUGCUGAUUUAAUGGUGGGGUCAACGCCUCCUAUGGUGCUUCCUCCUUUUGAUAUUGAGUGGGUUUGGUUCUGUCACACCUUGAAUCCGGUCAGUUACAGGCAAUACUGUGAGUCAAGGUUCUCAAAACUAAUAGGCAAGCCAGCGAUAUUUGAUGAGGAAAAUGAAGAAUAUGCAUUAAUGAGAUGUAAAGAGCUCUGGAUGCGUAGAUACCCAAAUGAGUGUUUUGAGAAUGAAAUUGAUUCCAAUAUACAAUCAUACUCAAUUAUUAAAAAUGAAAAUCUAUUUAAUGAAGUUCAGAAGCAAACACCUGUGUAUAGCAAGUUUUCAUGGCCAUACAUGAGUGAGCUUGUGUACUUGAUAGCAGCUAGACAAAGGUACAAGGGAUUCUUGUAUGUAUUGCGGAGGUUUACAGAUGGAAGUUCUCGUAUAGUGCCUAGUUUGGAUAUCUUGCUAAUGUUGAUAACACAUCAGAGUUUCCCAACUGCAUAUGCAGAGGAUAUGAAGGAAGUGGAGACUGAAAUAUUGGGGAAAGUUGUGGGGAUUUGGGAGACUGUUAAAGAAAAAGAGGUGGACGGGACAAAGAAGGUAUGGGAAAAAGCCUUUGAUCAACCUUAUGAGAAAGCUGGUGGAGCCAUAGGUUUUAAUGGGCUUGCCCCAAUUAAUCCACCAUUUUUUUGGGAGUUCUCAGAUAUAGAUGUUAACACCAAAUACAAGUCCUUGCUACCAAGGUUUUUGUUGGAGGUUUGUGUUUUUGUGAAACUGAACACUAGAAUGAAUACAAUUCAACAUGAUAAAAAACUCAACUUUCUGCGCCUUCGAGUGAUAAGAUGCCAUAGGGAGCUGAAGAUUGAUAAACAUGUUUCCAGUUUUUCAAUGGAUUCAUGGGAAAAGUUUUCUCAUCUCUAUUGUGAGUUUGGCACCAAAGGACUAAUGCUUGAUCUUCGUAAACUCGGCGGUGGGUGCUUUAGAACAAGCAAAUUAGAACACACUGCAACUUUUCUUUGGAAUGAUUUACUAAGAGCACACUCUCUUACCGUGGAAAGAGAUAUUGAUAAGCAGGUGAGGGUUAUGGCUUCAAUAACCCCACCAGUUCAAGCACCAUACUUGUUGAAAUGUGUUCCAGACAGAGUCACAGAUGAUUCAGGGGCUAUGAUAUCAGAUGUGAUUUUGAGAAUGAACCAUUACAAGCCUCAAGAGGGUCGGUGGCUGUCUCGCACUGUUCUUGAUCAUGCAGGGAGGGAGUGUUUUGCAGUUCGAAUGAGGGUGGGAGGGGGGUUUUGGAGGAGAGGAGGUGAAACCCCAUCAACUGUGAAAUGGGAGGAUAGGAUCAUAGAGGUACGUGAAGGUUCUUGGUCAUAUGUGGCUGGUUCAAUUGGUAGAGCACCUGAGAAAGUAGUGAGAACAGCAAUACCAAAAGAUCCUCCAGAAAAUUGGCAAGCUUGCUGGUGUUUCUCAACAGGAGAAGAAUUGUUAAUAAGUUGGCAAUCAUCAUCUACAUCAUCAUGUGACCUGAGGUUGAGUUUAACAAGUCAACAAUCUCAAGAUUCAACGGUGAAGUUGUUGAAAGGGCGAAAAAUGCAAUAUCAAGCCCGGAAAAUUAGUUCACAAAGAAAAGAACUAGAGGAACAGAACAAUGAUGAAGAUGAAGAUGAGGCAGGGUUCUUGACACUUGUUCGAUUCACCGAAGACAACCCAACUGGAAGAGCAACAGCUCUUCUUAAUUGGAAGCUAUUGAUAGUUGAAGCAUUGCCUGAAGAGGAUACAGUUUUGGCGAUUUUGCUAUGCAUUUCAAUACUGAGAAGUGUAUCAGAAAUGAGAAAAGAAGAUGUGGGAAGCUUAUUGAUUAGGAGGAGACUAAAAGAAGCAAAACUUGGAGCUAGAGAUUGGGGUUCUGUUAUACUUCAUUCUUGUUCAUCUUCAUCAGAAAUUUCUUCACCUCAUGUUGAGCCAUGGUAUUGGAAUCCUAAAGCUGUGGUUGCAUCAGAUGGAAGGCCUAAUGUAACCGGGCAACCUGCCAAUACUAAUUAUUCACAAGUAGAAGGUGGCGAUAAGUUGUACAAGCGAGGGAUUAUCGCUUGACCAACACAGUAUAUAACAUUUCUGUAUUCAGUAUUUUUUUUUCCUAUACAGAAAUGCAGCAAGUACACACAAUUUGCAUUAAAGAAAAAAAUAAAUAAAAUGUUCAUGUGCAUAAUGCAUCUUUAUUUGGUA